AUGCUGACAGAAUUGUCAACUGCUGCAGUCGCUGGGGAACUCAUGAUUGUUUCUUCUAGUUCACGACGAAGAUCUUGGUCCGAUACAGGAUCUCCUCUUUUGCGAGAAAAAAGCGCCGGCUUGGCAACUCGUCGGAGUGCAAGGAUAAGCUAUGUUGCCGUUCCAGGGAAAAGCACAGAGAGGAUAAAAAUCAACGUAAGUGGGAAAAAAUACGAGCUAACAUACACCAGGCUGUUGAAAUUCCCGAAAAGUCUGCUCGCUCAAUCAAGACGAAGGGCGUUUUUCUACGACGAAGAUAAGGACGAACUUUUCUUUGAUAGAAACCGAAUCGCAUUUGAAAGUGUGUACCAUUUUUACCAAACCGCUGGCGAGUUUCUCCGACCUGAACAUAUUCCCGACGAAAUUUUGACAAGAGAAAUGCAAUUUUUUGGUCUCACGGAGUACCUAUCGAAAGACACAACAGUUCGCAGGCCUAAACAAAGUAUACGCCCAAGUAACCGGUACCAAAGAAUGUUAUGGGAACUCUUUGAAAAUCCCGGGGCUAAUAUUGUCGCUCGCAUUGUUAACUUGCUUCUUUUACUAUUGAUUAUUUUGUCUGUCAUUUUACUGUGCAUUGAAACCCUUCCAGAGUUUAGCGACGCAAGUAUGUCGCUUGUUUCGAGGAACGUGAUACCUGAAAAGGGGAAGGUAAACAAGACUCUCUACAACAAACAGCUCCAUAGUGAUCAUAAAGAGGCAAACUACACUUCAUCGAGCAAACUACAAAAGCUCUUCAUUAUCGAGGCAUUCUGCGUUGCCUGUUUUACGUUAGAAGUGCUAAUCCGUUUCGCAGCCUCUCCUGAUAAACUGCGAUUUUUCCGGAACCUUCUUAAUGCUUUUGACCUUCUUGCCAUCCUGCCGUUUUACGCAACCAUCUUAGUUUCCACGCUUCCAACUUCAGUACAAUCCGCCUACGUUUUGCGUGUGUUCCGUCUUUUGCGUUUACUCCGUUUUGCAAAAAUUUACCGUUACAGCUCCGCUGCUCAGAUAUUUGUCCAGACCAUACGGGAAUGCAUCAGUGAUAUUUUGACUUUGGCCUUCUUGAUCCUUAUGACCACGAUUGUCUUUGCAAGUUGCAGUUAUUACUUUGAACAGGAAAACAAAGGAACCGAUUUUGUGAGUAUUCCUGCAGCCUGCUGGUGGGCUGUUGUGACAAUGAGUAGCGUUGGGUAUGGAGAUAUGGUUCCUGUCACCAUUGGUAAGUUGCAACUAUUUUUAGUUUCUUCUCUACACUAAAUAUUGGGAUAAAUAUUAUUGCAUAAACAUGCAUUAUUAUUCACUUAAAACAUUUCUCCAUUUCUGAUUGGCUCAACACCCGCGGCUAAUUCUUCAUAACCAGCAAGCGUUGACUAGCCUGCGUCGAGUUUCGCCUGUGGCGCAAGCUAGUGUUCACCAAUUUGGCAGACGUUUGGGUUAUCCGGGAAAAUUACGUCAAUAUAGUAGUGCAGGCAAUCGGCAGAAAAAGGGUCGCCAACCGAGAUAGACUGGGAACGAGGUUGCAUUAGCUCCGUUGUUUUGGGCCGUCAGACUUCUUUCUUUCUGCUCUCAUUUUUCUUUAGCCGCGAGAGAGGCCUCUGUAUAGCAGGGAAGCGUGGAUAACUCAUGAACAUUAACUGCAAAGGACCGCAAACGAAUAUGUCUCCGAACGUACUCAGAGGAUCUAUAGAAGGCCUGAUAAGCAAAAUAUACCGAGUGAAAUGUGAUCGUAGACAUCACACCGAUAGAACCUGCACUUUACAUGAUGAGCCUGCACUUUAUGAGCCUAGCGAGGCAAACGCGGCAUUUUGCGCGAAGUGCGAGUCGAGGGGAUUCCUGCGAUUCGCGUAGAAUGCCGCGUUCACCUCGUUUGGCUCAUAAAGCGCCUGUUAUGCAGGAUAACAGAACCCAACACAGUUUCUACUAUGCAACUUAGGAAUUAUGGACCUACUGUUCGUUUCAUAGCUAUAGAGUUAACUGAGUUGACAUGCAGUGAUGCAUUCUGACCUUCAUCUUAUAUUCAAAUACUCCUUAUUACAGCAGGUAAAAUAUCUGGAGCACUUUGCGUUAUAUUUGGAGCAAUCAUUAUAACACCACUGCUGCCAAUCAUAGGAUCAAAGUUCAGCAGGAUCCAGGAACAAGCGAAACUCGGGAAGAUUUCACCCACGGAAAUAAUUCCCGGUGAAAGUUCAUCUACGUCUGAAGAAUCAGUUGUGAUGAAUGAUGCUGUGGAGAGUCGGCCGACUCUUUCCGUUCGAAGCCACAGCGCACGAUCGAGAAGCGUGUCCAUUCUUUAGACCGAAAUAUUCUGAACUACAUUUUGUAAUUAAUGUUAAGACUUUUCGCAUCUUACUUUUUUGCGAGCAAGUCAAAAUCUUGUAGGAACCUAAGCAAACACAAGCGAGGGUGCCAAUGUACAAUCGUGUAUUGAACAAUGCCCCCCCGGAAACUCAGUGUUUCUGUUAGUUUACAACGUCUUACAAUUAUGUAAAACCCAGGUUUAUCAGUUACUGUUUUAUCUGCUUUUUCUUGCUACCUUAACUGUACACACAAAAGAUAAUCUAAAGUUCGAUGUUUAGGGGGAAAGACUGAGUUAAAAAAAUCAGUGGACGUAACUUGACUUG